UCUUGGGAACCCCUCCAUGGACCCCCCGCCAUUUUGGGGACCCCCUCCCUGCCCUGGGGACCAUCUCAGGAUCUUGGGGACCCCCCCAUUGUGGGGACCUCUCCAUUUUGGGGGACCUGGUGGACAUUGGGGGUCACCAAGGUGGGACCUGGAGGAGAUUUGGGGUCACCAAGGCCAAACCUGGAGAUUUGGGGUCACCAAGGAGGUUCUGCUGGAAGUUGGGGGUCACCAAGGUGGGACCUGGAGCAGAUUUUGGGUCAUCAAGGCAGAAACUGGAGGAGAUUUGGGGUCACCAAGGUGGAACCUGUUGGAGAUUGGGGUCCACCCCAAGGUGGAACCUGGAGAAGAUUUGGGGUCACCAAGGUCAAACCUGGAGAAGGUUUGGGGUCACCAUGGUGGGACCUGGAGAUUUGGGGUCACCAGGGUAGGACCUGCUGGACAUUUGGGGUCACCAAGGUGGGACCUGGAGAAGAUCUGGGAUCACCAAGGUGGAACCUGCUGGAGGUUGGGGGCCACCCAAGGUGGAAGCUGGAAAAGAUUUAGGGUCACCAUGGUCAAACCUGGAGGAGAUUUGGGGUCACCCAGGUGGGACCUGCUGGAGAUUUGGGGUCACCAAAGUAGAACCUGGAGGAGAUUUGGGGUCACUAAGGUGGGACCUGGAGAUUUUGGGUCACCAAGGUGGGAUCUGGAGGACAUUUGGGGUCACCAAGUGGGACCUGGAGAAGAUUUGGGGACACCAUGGUGGGACCUGGAGGAGACUGGGGAGUCCAUCAGGGUGGGAUGUGGAGAACCUGGAGGAGAUUCGGGAGCACCAAGGUGGGACCUGCUGGACAUUGAGGGUCACCAAGGUGAGACCUUGAGAAGAUUUGGGGUCACCAAGGUGGAACCUGCUGGAAGUUGGGGGUCACCAAGGUCAAACCUGGAGGAGAUUUGGGGGCACCAAGGUGGGACCUGCUGGACAUUGAGGGUCACCAAGGUGAGACCUUGA